AUGCACAGCAAUAAGGAGACGGCGCUCGACCCCGAGCGCAUCCCCACAGGCGAUGGGGAGGUACGGACCUCUAACGACCAUGGCAUGCUAAUCGACGAGGCUGCCCAGGCGAGUAGUCACAUCUCCGGCAUGAAGUUGUAUCUCAUUGUGAUAAGUCUCUUGCUCGCCGUGUUCUGUGUGGCUCUCGAUAACACCAUCCUGUCCGUUGCCAUCCCACGCAUCACGGAUGAAUUCCACCGGCUGAACGAUAUUGGAUGGUAUGCGUCCGCCUACCUACUGACUACAUGUGCCUUCCAAUUGCUAUAUGGCAAGUUUUAUGCCCUCUUCAGCACCAAAUGGGUCUUUCUCAUCGCCCUGUUUAUCUUCGAGGUGGGCUCUCUGAUCUGUGGCAUCGCACCGUCGUCCGUGGUGCUCAUCGUCGGCCGUGCCAUCGCGGGAGUGGGGAGCUCGGGGAUCUUCACAGGUGCCCUGGUCACCAUCGCGCAUAUUGUGCCCUUGGCCAAGAGACCGGUUUACAUGGGACUCAUGGGGGGAAUGUACGGGAUUGCGUCAGUGGCAGGCCCUCUGUUGGGGGGCGCCUUCACAAACGAAGUGACCUGGCGAUGGUGCUUCUACAUCAAUCUUCCGAUCGGAGGGGUCACUGCUGUGGUUAUCCUAUUUCUGCUUCGUAUCCCCAAAUCGGCGGACCUGCGCACGCAUGGCGCCUGGGAGAUGGUGAAAGGCUUAGACCCGUUAGGCACGAUCGUCUUCACUCCCGCCAUCAUCUGCGUUCUCCUAGCGCUCCAGUGGGGUGGGGUGGACUACGCUUGGUCGAAUGGACGCAUUAUCGCACUGUUUGUUCUCUUCGGCGUGCUCCUCAUUACGUUUAUCAUCAUUCAGGUCCUCAUGAAGGAUAAUGCCACCGGUAUCUCAUCCCCCAUUGGUUUCCACCCGUCCCGUAAGCCUCGCUCACCAUCACCGCCAGUUCCAAUCAAAGUAGCAUCUCAGCGAUCCGUAGCCUGCGCCUCCGUCUUCGUCUUCUUCAUCGGCGCGUCCAUGUUCGUGAUGAUCUAUUAUGUGCCGAUCUGGUUCCAAGCCAUUCGCAACCAAUCACCCGUGCAGGCAGGCAUUGAUUCCAUUGCCUUGAUUCUGGCCAAUACCGCCGGCGCCAUCAUCUCUGGCGCUGUGACCAACAAGACAGGCCACUACGCCCCCUGGUUCAUUGUCAGUAGCGUGAUCAUGUCGAUCGGUGCCGGCUGCCUUACCCUCUUCACCGUGGAUAUUGCCCAAUCCAAGUGGAUCGGUUUUCUCUUCCUCUACGGGAUCGGGGUCGGCUUCGGCUUUCAGCAAGGGGCCGUGGCCGUUCAGGCCGUGCUCCCCAUGGCGCAAGUCCCCAUCGGAACCGCAUUAAUCUGGUUUGUACAGAUGUUGGGCGGUGCGCUCUUCACCUCGGUAGCGCAAAACAUCUUCAGCACCCACCUAGCGGAGAACCUCGCGAAUCUGCAGCUGCCAGGUCUCGACUCAGAGGCAGUCGUGGGUGCCGGCGCCACUGGAUUUCGCCACCUGGUCCAACCUGAGUACAUGGACCAGGUGCUGGUGGCAUAUAACGCCGCGCUGCUGGACGUCUUUCAAGUAGCCCUAAUUUGCAGCUGUCUCAGCAUUAUCGGCGCCGUAGGGAUCGAAUGGAGAAACGUCAAGCAGAAUAGGUAA